CCGUUUGGAACUGAAAUCGGCCUGCGCUGCAUUGGAGUGACUCUCGCUGCUGGAGUGACUCUCCCUGCCUUAAAGGCAGGGAGAGAUGCACCUGGUCUCACUGCCAACGCAGCGGGGCCAAUUGAUCUCCCUCCCAAAUGGGGCCGCACGGCCCACCCUUUUCUUCCCUCCCGCUCAUACCCGUGGCGAUCUGGCAGCUCUCUGAACUCUCACAAGAGUGGCCACAUAUGGGAUUAGCCAUGGAGUUCUUUGGGUUCAAAAGAACGCCAGCAACACAAUCUGAUGCUGUUCCGCGAAAUUAGGAUUUGUCCCUCCCCCGUUUUGAAGAAAGAAAGAAAGAAAGAAAGAAAGAAAGAAAGAAAAUCCCACAGAUAGGCAGAAAACAGGAAGCAGCUUCAUUUGAGGAUACGGAGCAUCCUCAGUGGCACCAAAGGGGAAAUUCCACACUCUACUAAGGAGGCAGAAAGAUGGAGGACAGAACUAAUGAAUGGGUGGGAAGCGCGUACCUAUUUGUCCAGUCAACAUCCGAAAAGGUUCUUCUGCCCUUGCUCUAUGGAAACCCAGAGCAGAAGCCAAAUGUGUUCAAGGCACUCAAACUGGCCUUAGCUGAUUCCACAGGGAGCCUCAGUGGGGUGGACAUGCUCAAAGUGCACUGUAGUGACCCUCACUUGAUCAUCCAGCUCAAAUUCUGCCAGCAAGAGAAUUGCCGGAAGUUCCUGCAAAGCUACCGCGAAGGAGCCCUUCAGGACUCCCUCCAGAAGCAUCUCAAAGUCUCCCUGUCCAUGUCCAGCUUGGUCCCGAUCCAGAUGGAGCUGAAAACGGACGCUGAGAAGUUGGAUGCCAUGAUUCAGGAGGAGGAGGAGUGCCUCAAAUGCAUCUACCGUGAAAAGCCUAACCGUUUGAGGGAUGAAGAGAUUACAGCACUAGAAGAAUCUCUCCAGAGCCUGAAGUGCUGUCAAGAAAUCAGCACUGGCGACAGACAUCUUCCUUUAAAUUCGUUACCUCCAUCUUACAGUUCUCUGCAAACACCAAGUUCUCAGCAAAUGCCAAGUUCUCUGCCACCAGGAGAUGCCUUCCUUUUCCAGGGACAACAAUUUGCCAACAGAACAAUCGCACCAGGUGACCAUCAGAAAUUUGCCAAACUGGUCUCCAAGAAAUGGAAGCAGGUGGGCCGCUCUCUGCAGGUGAGCUGCCGGGCACUUCGGGAUCCUGUCAUCGACAACCUGGCCAUUGAGUACGAACGGGAGGGCCUUUACGAGCAGGCCUACCAGUUGCUGCGCAAGUUCAUCGACUCGGAGGGCAAGAGAGCCACCAUUCAGAGGCUGGUUGUUGCCUUGGAAGAAAAUGGCCUCAUCAGCUUAGCCGAGGAACUUCUGGGGGUCCACCAAAGCGACCAGUUGUAGGAAGGGAUCCUUGCUUGAGACUGUGGAAUUGUGUGGUCAUUACACUGAAUACUCCUAUGCUUUUUGACUGCACUUUAGUGACUUGAUAGGAGACCAGUUAUGGUUCCUUGAUGCUGGGGAGUGCCAGGAAGGAACUCACUGCAAUAAGAGACUCAUCCUAAAGGCAGUCUACCUACAUCAGGACAGAAGCACAGCAUUCUCAUCCUCCCUCAUUGACUGUAGCAUCCACUGGUGGCGUGUGCUUGGGAGAAUCAAGCCACCCACAAAGUAACCACAGACAUGGAAUUGUCAUGCUGCUCAGAGUCAACUCCGCAAUGGAGCACUUUCCAAUGGAAUUGGUUUAAAUCUUUGGCCAUUAUUUAGUGGUUGGUGAUCUAGCAAUCUACUUGGUCUAGACUAAGUUGGGUGGCGAGUCAGUCUUACAAAGUAAGCAUGAAAUUUUCUCAUGCUUACAUGGCUUUGUAAGCCUUUGGAUGGGUUUGCAUUUGGAUGACUUGACUCCACGUGAGCAUUGUCUGCUGUAGAUACUCCCCUUAAGGGAUGGCACCAUAGCUAGACAGUAGAGCAUCUGCUCAGAAUGCACAAGGUCCCAGGUUCAAUCCCUGGUGACAUCUGGAGGAGAGCUGGUCUUGUGGAAGCAAGCAUGACUUGUCCCCUUAGCUAAGCAGGGUCCGCCCUGGUUGCAUAUGAAUGGGAGACUCGAUGUGUGAGCAUUGUCAGAUGUAUUCCCCUCAGGGGAUGAAGCCGCUCUGGGAAGAGCAGAAGGUUCCAAGUUCCCUCCCUGGCAGCAUCUCCAAGAUAGGGCUGAGAGAGACUCCUGCCUGCAACCUUGGAGAAGCCGCUGCUGGUCUGUGAAGACAAUACUGAGCUACAUAGACCAGUGGUCUGACUCAGUAUGUGGCAGCCUCCUAUGUUCCUAUCUCCACGUUGGGCUGGGAAAGAUUCCUUUCUGAAACCUUGGAGGGCCACUGCCAGUCAGUGUAGACAAUCUUGCACUAGAUGGGCCAACAGGGGUGGUUCCUACAACCAGGGGUGCCCAGAUCUGGCCCUCCAGCUUCCACUGGACUGCAGCUCCCAUCUUCCCCAGCCGUAAUGGCCAAACCUUGGUCUAUACUUAUUCGCAGCUGGAUGAGUGAGCCAACUCUGCUAGAACACGUUGUGCUUAAGGGGCUUGGAGCUGCUCUGUGUGGGGGAGCCUUUCGCUGGUCGUUUGUUCAUAGCAGCAAGCUACCACUUGAUGCUGCAGUCACGGGGGCCAAAAGUGCCUGGGUGGCAGUGCCGUGAGCAGACGCCACUGACGCCGUGUGCUUCGUAUGGAGCUCUUCAGGAGUGAUUACGUGGCAUUUACUUACAAGUGCAGAUUGCCCCUUUUUCCUUGCCUGGAGGAACUCUCUCCCUGCAUCCCUCUUCCGCUGUGUUUCCCCACACUUGAGGCUCUCUCGAUCCCCGUCUGCAGUCUUAAAAUUGGGUCUGCUGCAGUUGUCCUUCCUUUCCCCCAAGAAAUGAGGCAUGGCAGAAUUCUUCUUGGAGAAACGUAUUUUACUGUAACAAAGCAUAGAAUAUGUAUUCAUCGCUGGUGCCUUUUAACAGUUCAAAAAAGAAAGGCGAGCUUCAGCCUAAUAUCUGAUGAUUAAUGAGCACAAGGGAAUUUUUGAGCAAACAUACAAAAAUUCUCCAUCACGUUUUGAAGUUCAUCUCUCUGACUUUCUGGCUCAUUUUCUGCUCCACUUCAAAGCAGGGGUUCCCAAUCUUCGGUCUUCAGAUGCUGUCAGACAGUUCCCAUCAUCCUCAGCCACAGUGGCCUUUGGUCACUGACUGGGGAUGAUGGGAGUUGUAGUCCAACAGCAGCUGGGUACCCAAGAUAGGGAACCUCUGCUUUGAUACAUUUCUUGGCUUGUUUCUUGCACCAGAUCUCAGGUUGUGCACCUGGGUGCUACAGAGAGAAAUCUUACUGUUUGCUUCAGUUCUCAUGAUAACUAAGGUGGUGUGGAAACAACUUGCUGUUCUUUUCGCCCUCCUUCAAAAUCAGCUGCUUUCAGUGACUGUAGGAUUUUGGAGUGGCAUCUUGGUUUGCAGCAGCUUGCCCAGCUGGCUGUGUAAUGGCCCAUGGUCACAGAGUGCUGUAUGGGUGUUUAGGGUUAACUACAUAUCUGUGCCUUCCUUUCUCCAAGGAAUUCAGAGCUUGUCCUUGCUGCCCUUACAACCUUCUGUCUAUACACCAUCUUUUUCCCAUCUCAAUGCAAAGCACAGAAGGGUCUCAGGCGGCCUGCUGGCCCUGACCCAAUCCAAUUCCUCUUCAGUCCCAAUCCAUUCACAUUCAAGUGAACGUGGAUUAGUAGGAUUGUGCCCGCUAGGAUCAUUCCACAGCAACCGUGCAUCCCACAAUUGUAUGUCACAGAGCCAAAACAUGCAGUGGAUUUGGUGCCAUAGCUGGUCCGUUUUCCAAACUGUGUCGCGAGCCCUAGGGAGGAGAGUGGGUCUUGCCCCCUUUGCUAAGCAGGGUCCGCCUUGAUUCGCAUUUGCAGUGAAGACUGUAUGUGAACGCUGUAAGAUGGAGCUGUAUCUCAGGCAAAGAGCAGGACGUCCUGGUUCCCUCCCCGGCAGCAUCUCCAGGUAACGCCUUGUUUAAGUGCGGUUGCUACAUCAAGUACAGACUGGGCCUAGUUGCAAUAAGGAAAUUAGCAGGGUGCAGGGUCAACGACUUUACAAGCCAUGUUUUCCACAUCUACCUGUGCAAUGUUUAUGUUGUUCAUAUUCUUUGAAGUACCAAAAGAAUGUAAAUUGCAAUAUUUUACUACACUAUCUUCUAAGAGGCAGUGACUGACAUGCAGUACGACCGUCUGUGCUCUUUGCAAGGUGCUGUUGGCAGUUGCACAAGAGUGCCACUUCACUGAAUGCAAGAACUGCACCAACACAGUGUGAUUGACAGACAAUAUUUCAGUUGUGCAAUAGGGUCAAUUACAUAACUGUGCUUGUCCAAGAGACCCCUAAUGCAACUGCACAAACAUUACAUUGAAACAGGCAUGUAAUGUUGCACAGUAUGUCAACCUGUGAUUUUUAAAAAAUAAUUUGUAUCCUCAAAUUUUGCUUUAUUCUAACCUGCACCGGCAGUCUUGGAGAUUUUUGCGCUUAUUCCGAAAUCAUAACAGACUGUUCUUCUUCUUUUAAACACACAAGAUAUGCCUUAAGUCCAAUAAACUUGUUGAUCAGUG